CCCACACAGGACUCGUAAAACAAAUCUACAGCCGGCAAAAUGGUCGAAUGGACAGACUUCGAGCGCGCCACCAUCCAGGACAUCUUCUCCAAGAUGGACUAUGAGGUCGUGGGACCUGCAGCCCUUUCCAGGUGUCUGGUCGUUUACCCCUGGACUCAGAGGUAUUUCGGCAACUUUGGAAACCUCUACAACGCCGCUGCUAUCACUGCAAAUCCGAUGGUUGCAGCUCACGGAAAAGUUGUCCUCCACGGUCUGGACCGGGCUGUGAAGAACAUGGACGACAUCAAGGCCACAUAUGCAGAACUGAGCGUGCUGCACUCCGAGAAACUGCACGUGGACCCUGACAAUUUCAAGCUGUUGUCUGACUGCCUGACCAUUGUGGUUGCUGCAAAGCUGGGUAAAGACUUCACUGGUGAUGUCCAGGCAGCUUUUCAGAAGUUCCUGGCCGUGGUGGUGUCCUCCCUGGGAAGGCA